AUGGUUACUAAGAAGAGGACAAUCACCUUCGAGCCUAUUGACAACCUAUAUUAUUGUAGUGCUAUUGCUACAAGGUCAUUGGUUGAAAAGAAAGAAGACCCAAGAGUAUUCACUAUCCCAUGCACCAUUGAUACAUUCAAUUUUACCAGGGCUCUAUGCGACUUAGGAGCUAGUAUCAACUUGAUGCCACUUGCAAUCUACAGACAGUUGGGCUUGGGAGUCCCCAAACCAACUACAAUGAGGUUGUUGAUGGCUGAAAGAUUAGUGAUGAAGCCUGUAAGGAUCCUAUAUGAUGUGCUGGUGAGAGUUGACAGGUUUGUAUUCUCUAUUGAUUUUUUCAUCUUAGACCGUGUGGUGGACUUAGAAGCCCCACAAUCCUGGAAAGACCAUUUAUGGGCACGGGCAGAGAAUUGGUAG